CAGUUGCACCCCUGGAGAGCCACUCGGAGAGAGAGAGAGAGAGAGAGAGAGAGAGAGAGAGAGAGAGAGAGAGAGAGAGAGAGAGAGAGAAACCCUCCUCUCAUGUUACUCCUAACCCCCCUCCUGUGUUCUUCACCAUGAUGACAUGUCCUUUGUGUCCUCAGUGACAGAGGGUGGGACCCAGAGAGAUGAACAAUGGGGAUUCCCUGUCCCAGAUGGGAAUUUGAAAGAUGGUACUCUUCUUGUUCCAUAAUGAAGAGGGACAGAGUGGACAGAGCCCAGGCUGCUGCAGUCCAGGCUGUGACACAGUGACAGGCCUGGUGACAGGAGCUAUAGGACCCAGAGGGAGAGGCCCCAUACUGUGGCAGGGUCCACUAACUACCAGAAAAUAUACUUAUUUUAACACAUACACCCAUAGCAGCAACAAGGGGAGUUCCCAUUGACAAGGGGUGUCAACUCAUUCCAUGGAGGGACUAGUGUCUGCAGGUUUUUUCCUUCCAAUGAACAGCAAGACAACCAGUCUGUCAGUCAACAGCAGUCAUCUGUCUACAACACUCUGCCAGUCAACAGCAGUCAUCUGUCUACAACACUGCCAGUCAACAGCAGUCAUCUGUCUACAACACUCUGCCAGUCAACAGCAGUCAUCUGUCUACAACACUGCCAGUCAACAGCAGUCAUCUGUCUACAACACUCUGCCAGUCAACAGCAGUCAUCUGUCUACAACACUCUGCCAGUCAACAGCAGUCAUCUGUCUACAACACUGCCAGUCAACAGCAGUCAUCUGUCUACAACACUCUGCCAGUCAACAGCAGUCAUCUGUCUACAACACUGCCAGUCAACAGCAGUCAUCUGUCUACAACACUCUGCCAGUCAACAGCAGUCAUCUGUCUACAACACUCUGCCAGUCAACAGCAGUCAUCUGUCUACAACACUGCCAGUCAACAGCAGUCAUCUGUCUACAACACUCGGCCAGUCAACAGCAGUCAUCUGUCUACAACACUCUGCCAGUCAACAGCAGUCAUCUGUCUACAACAUUGCCAGUCAACAGCAGUCAUCUGUCUACAACAUUGCCAGUCAACAGCAGUCAUCUGUCUACAACAUUGCCAGUCAACAGCAGUCAUCUGUCUACAACACUGCCAGUCAACAGCAGUCAUCUGUCUACAACACUCGGCCAGUCAACAGCAGUCAUCUGUCUACAACACUCUGCCAGUCAACAGCAGUCAUCUGUCUACAACAUUGCCAGUCAACAGCAGUCAUCUGUCUACAACACACUGCCAGUCAACAACAGUCAUCUGUCAACAACAGUCUGUCAGUCAACAGCAGUCAUCUGUCUACAACACUCAGCCAGUCAACAGCAGUCAUCUGUCUACAACACUGCCAGUCAACAGCAGUCAUCUGUCUACAACACUCGGCCAGUCAACAGCAGUCAUCUGUCUACAACAUUGCCAGUCAACAGCAGUCAUCUGUCUACAACAUUGCCAGUCAACAGCAGUCAUCUGUCUACAACACACUGCCAGUCAACAACAGUCAUCUGUCAACAACAGUCUGUCAGUCAACAGCAGUCAUCUGUCUACAACACUCAGCCAGUCAACAGCAGUCAUCUGUCUACAACACUCGGCCAGUCAACAGCAGUCAUCUGUCUACAACAUUGCCAGUCAACAGCAGUCAUCUGUCUACAACACUGCCAGUCAACAACAGUCAUCUAUUUACAACAGUCUGUUAGUCAACAGCAGUCAUCUGUCUACAACACUCGGCCAGUCUACAGCAGUCAUCUGUCUACAACACUCUGCCAGUCAACAGCAGUCAUCUGUCUACAACACUGCCAGUCAACAGCAGUCAUCUGUCUACAACACUCUGCCAGUCAACAGCAGUCAUCUGUCUACAACACUCGGCCAGUCAACAGCAGUCAUCUGUCUACAACACUCUGCCAGUCAACAGCAGUCAUCUGUCUACAACAUUGCCAGUCAACAGCAGUCAUCUGUCUACAACAUUGCCAGUCAACAGCAGUCAUCUGUCUACAACACUCUGCCAGUCAACAGCAGUCAUCUGUCUACAACACUGCCAGUCAACAGCAGUCAUCUGUCUACAACACACUGCCAGUCAACAGCAGUCAUCUGUCUACAACACUCUGCCAGUCAACAGCAGUCAUCUGUCUACAACAUUGCCAGUCAACAGCAGUCAUCUGUCUACAACACACUGCCAGUCAACAACAGUCAUCUGUCAACAACAGUCUGUCAGUCAACAGCAGUCAUCUGUCUACAACACUCAGCCAGUCAACAGCAGUCAUCUGUCUACAACACUCGGCCAGUCUACAGCAGUCAUCUGUCUACAACAUUGCCAGUCAACAGCAGUCAUCUGUCUACAACACACUGCCAGUCAACAACAGUCAUCUGUUUACAACAGUCUAUCAGUCAACAGCAGUCAUCUUUCUACAACACUCAGCCAGUCAACAGCAGUCAUCUGUCUACAACACUCGGCCAGUCUACAGCAGUCAUCUGUCUACAACACUGCCAGUCAACAACAGUCAUCUAUUUACAACAGUCUGUUAGUCAACAGCAGUCAUCUGUCUACAACACUCGGCCAGUCUACAGCAGUCAUCUGUCUACAACACUCUGCCAGUCAACAACAGUCAUCUAUUUACAACAGUCUGUUAGUCAACAGCAGUCAUCUGUCUACAACACUGCCAGUCAACA